ACCGUUCUGACUCGCACGCAAACAGCGGCGAUGGAUCAGAAGCCAGGUGAGACUGACGCGGACUACGAAGCACGGUUGGCGGCCAUCGUAGCCGAAGGCAAGAAGCGGGCAGACGCAGCAGCAGCAGCACGGAAGAAGAAAGAAGCAGAGGCAGAGAGGCUACGUCUUCUGGCUGAAGAGCAGCAACGGAAGCACGCAGCAGCAGCAGCCAAGGCCGCCGAUGAAGAACGUGCACGGCGACGCGAGGUCAUAUUCAGGGAGGAAAGUGCACUUCACGCACAGGCUAAGGAUUGGCAAAAAGAGGCCGAGAACGGCAACCCCGUUGACGUCGGGAGCAGAGUGUCUCAACUACUCAACCGCGUCACGGACCUCCUUGCUACUUGUAUUGCGCAGCAGGAGGAUAUCCAUUCGCUCGACCACACCAACCAGGUGCAACAACAGUCCAUGGACAAGAUGCUCCAGCGCAUCCAGCAGCUGGAGCAGCAGCUUGCUACCACCAACUCCGGCGCCUGUCCUUCCGACCUCGUCGACCGCGUCAACGUUUUGGAGAUUGACAUGGGAGUACUCAAGACCGGGGCGCAACAUGUCUGCACCGCCGCCGGCUCCAGCUCGACGCCACGGGAAUCCAUUGUCAAAUUUGACGGGCUUCCGAUCUUCUGUGACUCAUCGAAGACGGACCCCAUACCGUGGUGGCGUCAGUUCGAACUCAAGCUGGACCUUCACCAUGUGAUCGACACAAACAGGCAUGCAUAUCUGUACUCCCGUUCGGGAGGAGCGUGCCAAGCAUGGYUGGAUAACAUGUUGUCCGCACAUGCCUGUACAGUCACCGAACUGCACAAGUACAUCAGCUGGGCAGAUCUCACGGCGGCGUGGAAGAAGCGUUUCCAAGUCGAACCGCCGGAGCAUCUCGCGAUGGACAAGUUGCUGACAUUUUCACAGAACAAUCUGCCGAGCG